AAUGUCCAUAGAGAUUCGUGAUCCUGAGGCUCUUGUGCAUUUUGGCUUUGCUCUCUGCCCCCGUCUUGCUCACCUGCCCUAUCCGCUCCGUCGGCGUCGCGCCGGCAAAGCCUCGCUUUCGUUGGAGUUCUUCCUCGCUCAGUCUUCACAGCGGAAACAGUGGCAUGAGGGCGGGGCGGCCCAAGAUCGGCGACCAGGCGACCAGCGACGUGGUGGUGCGGCUACGGACACCGGAGGGCCGCGACGAGUGGCUCUACUGCCACUCCGCCGUCCUCGCCGCGGGCAGCACCUACUUCGCCGACCGCCUCUCCGAUGCCUGGCCGACGUGCCAGAUCCUCGGCUCGCGCUACUGCGUCGAGGUCUACUGCCAGGAGCUCGACCUCAGCUCCCAUGUCACCGCGCUCCGCUUCCUGUACGCCGCCGAGCCCUGCUCCCGAUUCGGCGUCCGCGGCGCGCUCGGUGUGCUCCAGGCCGCGGUGAGCCUCGGCUGCGCCCAGAUCGCCGCCGCCUGCGCCGGCUACAUCGAGUCCGCCCCCUGGGACGAGGCCGACGAGGAGGAGAUCCUGAGGACCGUGCCCUGCCUCGGCGCGCAGUACGAGUGCAUCCUUGCGCGUCUCCGGCCGAUCGAUCCGGCUCCGGUGGCCCGCAUCUUCCUCUCGGCGUUCCGGCACGCCACGCGCUCGUCGGCGGCUGGUCCGGCGCGGGAGCUCAAGUCUGCGGCUCAGGAGCAGCUUGAGUAUAUGCUCACCGAAGACGACGACGCGCCAUUGAUAGCCCUUGACAACGUCAAUGUCAAGUCUCAGGUGAAGGAUUGUGUCACUGGUCUGCUGAGCAGGUUCAGUGAUUUCCUGGCUUCUGUACUGACGAAACAUAAGGAGACGUCUCUUGCUGGUGACAUCGGCGAACUUCAGCAGGAGCUGCAUACUUUUGUUUGUGACAUCUCCUGGGUCUGUCAGAUCUUGAGCAAGCUGGAGAUGAUGAAAUGCAUCGUUCUCUACUGGGUUGGAGUGUCGUCUGAUGUGGUUGAAGCUGUCGGAGCAGUAUGCCCUGGGUACGACUAUCUGAAGACCAGUCUGAAGGUGGUAGAGGUGUCUGCAAAGGUACUGGAGGCUGUUGCGUUUGGCAAUAUUGUUCUUCCAACUGAGAAACGUCAGCAUAUGGUGAAUGUCUGGAUUAGCUUUGCAAGGACUACAAAGUCUUUGAUUGUCCAGACCGAUCACGAUGAUGACGACGAGACACCAAAGGCAAACCUGGACAACGAGGUCUGGCAGGGCCUGGAGUCAGCAAUCGUUUCAAUUGUGCUGACACUGCCGUCAAAUAGUCAAGCUGAGAUUUUAUCAGAAUGGCUGCAGUCGAAGCAUGUCCGAUAUCCUGACUUGACGGAGGCAUUUGAAGCCUGGUGUUAUAGAUCGAAGGUUGCCAAAAGAAGGCUCUCUUUCUUGAGCAACAUUGAUGGGGUGUCUUGAUUCUUGACUUGUUGAGUCGCUCUGUAGAAAAUGCCUUUUUGUUCAUACUCCUGCCAUCUGACCGUCAGACUUGUCCCCCUGAAAGGAUUGAGUGUCUGCCUUUCACUGAAACAAUCAUCAUGGAGUUCCAUUGUUAUGAUUCCAACUCACCACUGAUGAUCAGAUUUGUUGUCAGUUAAUUUUUGGUGGAUUGUCUCCCCUUAUGAACUUACAUUGAGCAUGUCUGACGGAGUGCACACCAGUAUAGAGAUGACAGAAUAUCCUGGUCAGCAUUCCGAAGUCAUGGUCUAUGUCUACGUGUGAUUGAAGCUAUGCUGCAAAACCGGAACAGACACUACUGUGAUUGACAAAUGGCCACAGCAAACCAGAUAUACCUGAACUGAACGAGUUCAUAUGCUUUCGCCAAUCGCCAUUUUUGUUAGAAGACCAACCAGUUGAUGCGCCCUUCGCUCAGAUUUCAAGCGAGAUGUUGAGGCAGAGCUGCAUGUGCUGUGCAGAAAAGGGUUCUUGCUGGCGGAAUGGGAUAUCUGUGGUCACUGUUGGGAUUGGCAAUAUCAGUAUAUCACAGUGUAUGACCUGAAUCUUGAUAACAUCAGGUGGCCGACUCUUUGAGUCUUGACAACGCGGGAGGGCAGCCAUAUAGGAGAUUACACAGAGUCCCUUGCUGGACUAUGCAACAGUCCGUGAUUGAUAGGGCAUCAUUUCCUGCUCUUGGAAACGAAGCUUGUAAUAAGUUGGUGUGAUCAGUUAACCUGUCUGUGAGAAAGGAUCGGGUGUUAAUCCUGAACUAUUGACAUGCAUCCAUGUGUCUGCCUCUUUUGUU